CACACAAAUUGAAAACAUAACAAGCCACAGAUUUAAAACAAACUAAAAUCUGUAUAUAUACCGGAAUUGUAAAUAAAGUAUGCAAAAGACCAGUGAAGAAGAUAAGACGCAUACCAGCCAGAUUGCGUCCAAGCCAAGAAAGGAUGUGGACGACGGUGGUGGCGGCGUCGGAUCCGUCAAUCGCAUCGUUGUUAACGCAGUGCUUGGAGCAACCGAGACACGCAUACGAAUCAAUAAAUGGCGCGUACGCGAGGGCCAAAAUGUUUCGGCGGCGCAAAUUCUGUUCUUGUACCAGCAGCUCGGUGACGAUGGCAAGCCUGUCAAGAUGGAUGAUACCGCUGUCCUAAAAUAUAAAUCAAAUCUAGCUGGUGUGGUUAAAAAGCGACUGCGAAAGGAAGGCGAAACAGUGAUAAAAGGGGAUGCGCUUUUAGAGUUAUCCGAAUGCAUACACACAACGGUUAUCAAGGACAUGUGCGCAGAUUGCGGCGCGGAUUUACGGCAGAACGAUAAUGGACAAACAUCGGAGGCCUCAGUGCCGAUGGUGCACACCAUGCCCGACUUGAAAGUUACUCAGAAGCUGGCCCAAAAACUGGGACACGAUGACACGCGCCGCCUGCUCGCCGAUCGCAAGCUCGUCCUGUUGGUGGAUCUCGAUCAGACCGUCAUACACACAACCAACGACACGGUACCGGACAACAUCAAAGGCAUCUAUCACUUUCAGCUGUACGGCCCACAAUCGCCCUGGUAUCAUACGCGCCUGCGACCGGGCACCGCUGAGUUCCUCGAGCGCAUGUCUCAGCUGUAUGAGCUGCAUAUUUGUACAUUUGGUGCUCGCAACUAUGCACACAUGAUUGCACAACUCCUCGAUCCGGAUGGAAAGUUCUUCUCUCAUCGAAUCCUGUCGCGCGACGAGUGUUUCAAUGCCACCAGUAAGACGGAUAACCUCAAAGCGCUUUUUCCGAAUGGUGAUUCCAUGGUUUGCAUUAUCGAUGAUCGUGAAGAUGUUUGGAGUAUGGCCUCCAACUUGAUACAAGUGAAGCCGUAUCACUUCUUUCAGCACACCGGCGACAUAAAUGCGCCACCAGGCCUGUCUAAACACGAGCUAGAUGGAGAAGGUGUUGAUUUCAAGGAAAUUGAUAAAAUAACAGAAAAAAAAUUGGAGGGCGAUAAGCCAGCGUCGAGUACGGAUAAGGAGUCUGAGAAAAGUGAAGACACCGAUGCCGACAAGGGCGACAAUACAGUUUCAAGCACAAGUAAAGAUGAGGAGGAGUCUGUGGAUGUAUCUGUGCUGGAAGGCGAUGCAAAAGAUGCGGAGGCAAGCACGACUACCGCCACUAUAACCACAGAAUCAAAAGACUCCUGUGUAAAUAAUGUUGAUAAGCUGAAUGGCAAAGCGCCAGCCGAAGAGGUCAUGGUUGUGGACAAGAAUUCAUCGGGUUCGCCGGAACCAGAAGCAUCGAGUAGCGGCAAACAAGACAGCGACUGCGAUGAUAUUGUUGUUAUUGAUGAUGUGCCCCCCUCGGAAAGCUCAAACAACACCGAGAAAUUGCAGCUGGCCAAAAAAGAGGAUGACGAAAGCAUCGCGUCGUCCACGAGUGGCGAGGAUAAGCCGGGACCAGACCAGUCCAACAAUGAAAUGGAAAAAAGAUUAAGCGCUGAUGAUGAUGUGGCCACCACUUCACAAAGCACAUGUCCAAAUGUCAAAAUCUCUAGCGAUGGGCAGAAACAAAUCGAAAUCGAGGAUCCCGAUGAUUAUUUGCUAUAUCUGGAGGUGAUUUUGCGCAACAUACAUAAGCGCUUCUAUGCGAUUUACGAUGAGACUACAGAAAUACCCGAUUUGAAAAUUGUUGUGCCGAAAAUCCGCAGCGAAGUUUUGCGUGGACAGAAUCUAGUCUUUUCCGGUUUGGUGCCGACCCAAAUGAAAAUGGAACAGUCGCGUGCCUAUUUCAUAGCCAAGAGCCUGGGCGCCGAGGUUAAAUCGAACAUUAACAAGGAUAUCACACAUCUGGUGGCCGUCAAUGCCGGCACGUACAAAGUCAACGCCGCCAAAAAGGAGGCAAACAUUCGAGUGGUCAAUGCCAAUUGGCUGUGGGCAUGCGCGGAACGCUGGGAGCAUGUUGAUGAGCGUCUAUAUCCGCUGGAUCGCAAGGUGCGCAACAAAGGCCGUCAGCCGCCGGCACAUUGCCACAGUCCGGAGCAUGUGGUCAACUACAAUGAGAGAUCAGAGAUUUCGCCAUCGAGCAGCAUGCAACAGGAGCAGGGUGGGAAUUUUCGUGAAACACUAAAUCCGCUUCUGGUUUUCACCAAUGCAGACAUUGAGUCCAUGAACAAAGACUACGACACCUUCUUCGAGUCGGAGUCAUCGUCCAGUGACGAGGGUCCUGUUAAUUUUGAAAAUCCUCCCAUGGACAAAAAAUUGUUGAAGCGGAAACGUGAGGAUGAAAGCUCAAAUCGUGCCCACGAUUUCUUUACACGCAAUGAGGAUAUCAUGUUAAGUGCGCCCGGCACCAUUGCCGAUUUCGACAAGAGCUCCAACGAGGGCGAUGAGAAUGAUGACGAGGAGGAGAACGACGAAGAUGAUGACGAAAUACCAAGUGCCAAAUUCCGACGAGGCGAGGAGUUGCCAUCGGAUUUGGAAAUGGGAUCCGAUUCGAAUAGCGAAAACAAUCAGGAGGAUGAGGAUGAUGGCGAAUGGAACAUGAUGGGCGCUGCCUUGGAGCGUGAAUUCCUUGGACUAGAAGAGGACUAGUCAUUCGAACUUGAUCUGGACAUGUGAAUCAAUGACCGACUGGUGGCCGCUUGGCCUCGCCGUAGAAGACUCGAUGCUGGAGAGCAAAGUUAGACAUUUCAAAUGUACUUACUCUUCAUGAACACAGAAAAACAAACAGCAAAAACAACAACAACAACAAAAUAUAUGUAAUAUCGUAAAUUAUGCAGCAAGCGAAGCAAUAAUUCGUAAUUUUACAUAUGUAUGUAGAAAGUUGAUCUUAACGCUUGUAAAAAACGAGUACGAGAUUUUAUAUAAGAAUCAGAUGCGCACUGUAUGUAUUAGUAGUUAAUAUGUAUCUACUUUUAAAACACACACACACACCAACACUAAACUAAUUUAAGUGAUUUUGCGCAUUCAUUUGCAUACACACCACACACACACACACACCAACGCAUACAUACAUCCCACACAUACAUACAUGAUCUGUGCGUCCUGUGAAAAAAAAAAGCUGAAACUGCAGCUGCAGCUGCUCCCAUCUUUCUCAGGCGCAUCGUUUGAGUUGGCAAACCAUUUAAAAUGUAAAAUCAAAAAUAUCUCUCAUUGUAAGUAAAUGUAAAUGUUUUAAAAAUAAAUUCCGUUGAAGCGGACUAGUAA